AGUGUUAUAGUUUACUUUUCCACCUUUAUAUUUCAGUAUGUGCCAGCCAACAAAUCAUUAUGUGGCUUGUAAACUGUCUUUAGUAUUAUAAAUUCAAAACUAAUGGAAGAUUUUGGUUUCUUAUAUCCUAGAAAAGCUAGUUUUGUUACAAUUCUGUAGAAAAAUCUAAAAAUUAGAUUUUCUUUCCAGUUAAUCAAAUACUAUUAAAAGGGAAGGAGUCCUAAAAAAUCUACUUAAAACAAGUCAUAGUUGAACCAUUUCAUUUAACUAGAAUUCCUAUUAUUUCUCAUACUACUAACUUAAUUAUUCUUCAUUAAAAGCAAAUUAGUCAUAAAAAAUGGUACUAACCUAAUUAUCUACUUAUACGUUUACUAUAUACGCAUUAUUCCAUCAUAAAUAUUUUGAGCUAAUAUUAAAUAAUGUCCACCCUAUAUUUAUAUAGUAUAUGGUUACUUAUGAUUUAUUUAAUAGAUAAUACCUUCAAAAACUAUAAACAAAAUAUAAUAUCCAUUGUAAAAAAUACAUUUUUUACAAAAAUGAACCAUUAUUUUAUACUAACCUUAUUAACUAAACCGAUUUCAUUAACCAUGUUAUAUAUAUGAACACUUCAACAUUAUCAUUCACAAACUAAACGAUGUUUGUCACAACUUAAUAUUCCAAGUUGGUUGUAUUAUUUUAAUACCAAACCAGUUCCUAUAAAAAUCCAUAGAUAUGUUUAUGAUCUACAUAAAACCGGUUCAAUCUUUCCAUCUGCUAUAUUUUCAGAAAAUGACUAUUUAUCUUCGGUUCUGUUAGAUAUUUAGUCUAACCAAUUAUAAAUCGGUUAGUGAUAACUUCUAAAACUUUGAAAACACUUUGUUAUUUAUUAACACUAUAUCGAUACUUUAAAACAUGUUAGCAGUAGAAUUGUGUUUUAGAACAAAAUCUACUUAUUUUAAAACAUAAUAUUAUUUUAAAAAUAGUUUUGAUACUAUGUGUUAUAUUAAACAUAGUUAUAUAUAUUUGAAAUAAAUAAUUAUAUACAUAAAUUAUACUUUUGGCUAACUAAAUUAUUUAUCAACCAAAUAAAAAUAUUCGGGUAAUUCAAGUUUUCGUGUUAUCCGGUUUAUAAAUAGUAUUUUUAGGAUAUGUCGUUAUUUAAAAAUUGAAUGUAAUUAAUAUUUUUAAAUAUAUAAUUUUUAUUUAAAAAUUCAAGUACUCAUUUGGUUCUCGGUUCUGUUUCAAUUUUUUGGUCAUAGAUUUAUGAUUUGCUAUAUUAUUUAUGCAAUUCAAUUCAAUUUUGGUUUUUCAGCUUGGUACGGUUUGGUCCCUGGUUUUGGAUAAAUGUGCUCAAACUUAUACACUAUCUUAUUAGAAAUUCGUUUACAAUAUAUUUAAUUACAAAAACAAACCCGCGCUUUCCAAGCGCGGGUCAAAAUCUAGUUAUAUACAUUAAAACUAAAGUUCUUCAUAAAUUCAAAGUCUUCUAACCUGUUGCGAAUAAUUGUUUCUCCCUAAUAUGUAAAGCAAGAUAUUUGUAGAUAUUUUUUCUUCAAAAACAAGAAAGAUGCUAAAUUAGAAAAAAUUCUGUAAAAGCUAGUUUGUCUCAAUUCUGUAAAAGAACAGCUAAACAUAUUUCCAACUUAAUAAUUAUCUGAAAAUUAAAAAAAAAAAGGAUUAAGAAAGUCUCCAUUUUUGCCAAAAAAUAUCUCGAUAAUUCAAAAUAUAGGAGAAUAUUUGAAAAUAAUCCAAUUUGCAGAAACAAAUUAGAUAAAAUUUUAAUCCUAUAAUUAAUCCUAUUUUCAACCAUUUAACGAUACAACUAAUUACUCGAUACGGUAAAACGGCCAUGCAUUAUCAUUCAGUUACACUCAAUCUCAUUAACAUUAGGAAACAAACUAGAGAGUCAGAACCGCUACGGCUCAUGUUAUAUAAAUCAAACCUCAGAUCAUAGACUGAAGAGCACAAGUACAAAUUCAAACAACCACAACCCGUACCAACACACCAUGAACCGAAACAAAGCAUGUAUAAUUAACAUCCCGCGCGAAGCGCGGACAAACACCUAGUUUUACAUGACUUGUACCAUGAAUUACUUAGUGCACGGCUUCUUUCCAUAGCUACCCACUUUCAUGCUCUGUUCCAUCCUCGCUUUUGGACCUUCCAUCAACAGAGGUCUUACUUGGAUCAACUGGCUCACCAGUCCCACCUGCUGCAUCACCGUAAGGAACAAAGCCACCAUCCUCCACGGCAGUGCCCUUAAGGCCAUCACUAUGGCUUAUUUUCACUGCUCCAGCACCUGGGAAAUCAUCACUUGGGUUGUCAUUUCCCUCCCCCCUGCCAAUAUGCAUCACUAAUCUUAAGUAAACACCAACGAAGUGUAGCUGCUAAUGGGAUGUCAAGUGUAAUAUGUUACAUUCGUUGCUUGUUAGGAUGCGUUUUGUAAACAUUUAAAAAAAAAGGAAUACAAUCAUGAGAAUUUACCUAACAACUCCAACAGUGUCCUCCUUAUUGCAGAAAGCACAUGUGAAAGAUGAAAACCCACGGUUCAAUUUCCUUGCAAAUGAACCGCUACAGUAUAGUUACGAAUGAUGUCUUAGGUUGAUCUUUAUACCUGAGGAGCAGCUUUAUGACGUACUCAUUAAGUUCAUCUAUCGUCAGUGGUUCAAUCUUCUUAACACCCACAUACUUUGUAGGGGUAGAGCGUAAGCCUUCGUCACUCCCACACACCCUAAUUGAAACAUGUUUAGUGAGCACAUGGACUUUUAAGGACAUGGUUGAAAUUAAAAGGGAGUUGUGAAACUCAUUACCUUUCAAGAUAACUUCUGCCAGCAUCGCACUCCUUAUCAAAAUAGAAAUGAGUAGGAGAGGUUGCAUUGAGGAAGAGUCGACCAGGAAUGAAACUUAUAUAGUCAAAGUACAGGUUAGACCUUCGAAUAACAUGUGUGAGAAAUAGUGGUCAACUUAGUACCGCCGACUAACUUAGGGUUGAUGUUCGUGGCAACCACCACCUUUGGUUCAUGACCCCUACUAAUCAGGUCUUCAUCAAGACUUAGCUGAGGCGUCGAAAACACUUACGCAUACAUUUGGAUGGCUGGAAAUACAGUAAGGCAAAGCUUAAGCCAUGUGAUUACUACUUGUUCGUGGAAUGCUUCAUUCUAUUUAAUUAAGAUUUUCUUAAAAUACCUACAUAUCCUUUAAAGGCUCAGGGUGAUCAUGUGUUGUAUACUCGGAGUCGCCUCAUUGUAAGUUGUUCUUAUCCCUUUUAUUUGACCAACGAUAUCUGAGAAAUAAGUACAUGUGCAAACGGAGAAACUGUGAUUACUUCACUUAAAGCUUUUAUAGAAAAUUGAAAGACACAUAAACAGAACCACACCUGGUAAACCAAUGCUCGUAUUGGCUAACUCCAUAAGUUUCUGGAAUCGGUUCAGACGGUUCAGUCAGGUCAACGAAAACAGUUUUGUCUGUGAAACGAAUAGCAUGGGGGCUCUCACUGUAACGGAAGUUGGGGUUGCUUCGUGUGACAUUGAAAACAAUAAGCUCAUACAAUGAACCUUCACUCAAUACAUGUUGGAAGGUGUUGACUGUUGAGUCGAUGGACAUUUAUGGACGCCUGAACCAGAGAGAAAGUAAAGCAGAUAUGAGCAACCUUUCAGUUUCUGUAAAAUCUUAUAACAAACUACUAAAUUGUUAAAGAUGUCACACGAAGCAACCCCAACUUCCGUUACAGUGAGAGCCCAAACUAACUUUGUCAAGAUUCGGAGUUAUCAAGGUAUGAUCUUUUUGAUUCUUCAGAGAAUUGGGUCAAAGGGGGCGGAUUGGUGGGUUUCAAGGAUCAGAUCUCUGAUUCAAUUAUACCGAAAUCAUGUACUGUCAGAUUUCAAAAAGAGGGGAAGAUCUAUAAAAGGGGAAGAGAGGCAACGUUUCACAUCAUCACAUUUCAAAAAAACAAUUCCUUAUUUCCUAUUUUCCAGUUGGUGGAGUUCGGUGCGAUUUUCAUUAAUAUGACUCAAGGACAGCUUCUUGCUACGGUUGGGAACAAAAAUGGUGGCGAAGCAGCUCGCAAGCCAUUGAGAAUCACGGUGCCUCACUUUGAUAACUCGGCGCUCAUCCAGAACUAUGACAAAACUCUGAUCGGCAAGUGCUUCAACCCAGAGGAGCAAGACGUUACGGCUUUGCUCAUUAUGUUACCAAAAAUCUGGAAGGUGGAAGAUAGAGUUGCUGGUGCUGAUCUUGGUCUUGGAAGGUUUCAGUUCGAUUUCCACAAUGAAGAAGAUAUCGAGGAGGUCCUGAAGAUGCAGCCGUACCACUUUGAUUAUUGGAUGAUCUCUCUUGUGAGGUGGAAGCCGGUGAUGGAAAAGAGUUACCCAACGGAGAUUACGUUUUGGAUUCGUGUCUUGGGAGUGCCGCUCCAAUAUUGGGCAGAGCCGACCUUUGAGAGUAUUGGAGGAGCUAUAGGCAAUGUUGUCGAAGUGGACCUUGACUACGGGAGAGUUAAAGUGGUCGUCGAUGGAACAAAAUGUCUCUGUUUUGAGACAUCAGUUGAUUUUCGCGGUGGAGAAUUCUAUGGAGGAGGGGAAGAGCUGAUCGCUUUGAGAUACGAGAAGCUCUUUGGCUAUUGCUCUAAGUGCUUCAGCCUCUGUCAUGACGUGAAGAGGUGUUCACUGAACAAGGAAAGUCCGCAGGAGAAGAUGGAGGUGCGGGAGGCAAGAGCUGAACGGGGAGGAGAGCGAGCUGCAAGUUACAAGGGGGUAGUCAUCAACGGUCAUGAUGGUCGCCAGGAACAAAACAACGAGGAUAGGGAUCAUCAAGGAAAGGGCAAGGGGAAAAUGUAUGAGGAAGAUGAGGCAAAAUGGGUCCGUGUGUCAGGAAGAGAGGAUAAGAAAAUGAGUGCAGAUAGAAGUCGUUUCAGGAGAGAGGAGCUAGAUUCACGCCAUCGUCGCCCCAGACAUGAGCCUACAAGGAAUUCGUUUCAGGAGGGUCGUUACCGGUCUCAAGGGUAUCGAGGUAUGCGAAGAGAACGUAGUCCCAGAGAUCACUUUCCAGAACAGGAGAGGAGUAAGGGGCGCACAUAUGAAGGUACCAUGAGGUCUACUCAAUUGUCAGGGGCGGGUGAAACACAACAGGAAGUGCAUUCGCAGAGGGACGGUGACGUGAUAUUGGCACCUGUCAACGGGCUAGGGUCUGUUCAGGUACGUAUGGGGAAUGAGGAGGUAGAAAAUGGACUUGAUGUAGUCAACGAGGGCAUGCUGGAACAGGAGAACUUGGUGAAAGCAGACAACAUGGAUACUGACGAGAAUAAUUCUUCACUGAAAGAGGGAAAGGUAACUAAUGGUGGAGAGGAUGAGUUCCAGGAUGUUACGGAUGAGGAGAUUGUUGGGAAUCAGGGUGUUACACAAGGUGAUAUUGGCGCUAACAUUAAGAUGAGUGAAGAGGGAGAGUUGGAAAAGGCUGAGAAUGUGGGCGGGGGAGAAAAGAACAAGGGAGUUAAAAAGAAGCUCUUCAGAGGAGGGCCACUUGUAGUGGGAACUUCUAAGAUGAGAAUGGUGCAUUCAUUAAUUUCACCGCGCAAACGUCUUGCGAGCAAGUCCAACCCCAAGCAAGGUGAGGGCACGAAGCAAGGUGAUGGCACGAAGCAAGGUGAUGGCAUGAAGCAAGGCGAUGACAUGAAGAAUGGAGCGGAGCAGGGUACUUCAAACCCCAAGCCUCCCAUUAACAAAAAUUGAAGAUUUAUAUGGAUUACGAAGAUGAAGAAGCGCGGGUUUGUGUGAUGGUUUUCAGUUUGUGUUUUUUUAAUUCUGUUUUUCAAGUAAGCUCACUGAGCAAUAUCUGGUGUUUAUGGUUAAGUAGUCGUUUGAGUUCUUUUUUCUGGUCUAGUGUUCUGGUCAAGUUUUUUUUAAGGAAUAAAAUUGGUGUUUUUGGUUCAUGGAUC